UACAUAACCUUCAAAACAUCUUACAUUAAAAGAAAAUAAUUAGUCCAAAUGUAAUGAUUUUUUCAAAAUUUCCUGUCAUAAAUCACAAAAUCGUACAUUGGAUUGGAAGUACUCAGAAUAAAUAACACUGGCUUUCAAGGUUUGCGAUAUUGUCGACAAUGUUUUGUUAUGAUGGUCAUUAUGUAAUACCAAACAUGAUUAUUCCUCAGAUUUCUGAAUGAAUGGUAUCAGUUAAAAAUAAGGAGAUUAUUCUCUUUCGCUUUAUCUACAGCCAUUUUGGAAUUAGGCUGACAAUGUUUGUUGCUCAAACAAUGUUUGAAAGGGAAUAAGAUAAAAUUUUAACAUUCCAGUAUUAUUCGGGUAUAUUAUGGAAAAAAGUCUUAAAAAUGUAUUGUUAUCUAUCAUAGUUGAUUCGACGUAAAAGAUAACCUUGAACUUUAUUUAUUUAAAAUUUAAUUUACUUCCUCUAAAUCUUUCAUUAUCAAGACUCAAGUGAUAGUAUUCUGAACAUGAAAACCGCAUUGGUUAUUGCCAUAAGUGGCGCUACAUGCAGCGGAAAAACUACUUCGGCUUUAGAAUUGAAGAAACUAUUUCCUAAAAGUAAGGUUUUCCACCAAGACGAUUAUUUUUUGGACGUUGAUGAUCCUCGGCAUGUAUGGUGCAAGGAUGUAGAGCACAUUAACUAUGAUAUUUUAACGUCUUUAGAUAUGGAGAGGAUGUUUGCUGACAUUGUAUCUUUAGUGGAAAGAAGGCAAUUAUGUAAGAAAAGAAAACCACAAGAAAAUCAGCUCAUUUCUGAGGGCGAUUUAUCACAAAGUGACUUAUGUGCAGUGAUCAACAAGAGAAUAGAAGAAGAUGACAUUCAGCUGGUGUUUAUUGAUGGAUUUCUCUUAUACAGUUUCAAACCACUUUUACCUCUUAUAACUCUCAAAUAUUUCUUCCUUUUGAGUAAAGAAGAAUGCGUGGAACGCAGAGAAAAAAGGGUUUAUGAUCCUCCAGACAUUCCAGGUUAUUUUGAUAAAUGUGUAUGGCCAGAAUACUUAAAACAUCUUGAAGAUAUAAAGACUAAUGUCUCAGAUAUUUCCUAUUUUGGUAGUGGAACCAAAAAUGUUGUCAAUAUUAUAUUACACGAUAUAUAUAGUUGUCUGCAAGUUGAUUAGUAUACAUUUUUCCAACAAUUUCUAUAAUUCAAUAGAUCCUACUAAAAAUCAAUUUGAUUUUACAAUUUUUUGUCUGUGAUGCUCAAUUUAAAUAAAAAUUUUCAUUUA